AUGAGCACGGCUCUACACGAGUUGCGGGAACUCGAGAGGCAGAACACAGCCAAGCAGGCGCCAGACGUGGUGCUGGACACCCUGGAGCCCCUGAAGAACCCGCCCGGCCCGGUCAGCUCGGAGCCCGCCAGCCCAUUGCACACCAUCGUCAUCCGUGACCCCGACGCCGCCACAGUAGAUGAUUUGCUGCGGUGUGGAAUUUGCUUUGAAUAUUUCAACAUUGCAAUGAUGAUUCCUCAGUGUUCACAUAACUACUGUUCUCUCUGUAUAAGAAAAUUUUUGUCCUAUAAAACACAGUGUCCAACUUGUUGUGUGACAGUCACAGAGCCAGACCUGAAAAAUAACCGCUCAUUGGAUGAACUGGUAAAAAGCUUGAAUUUUGCACGGAAUCAUUUGUUGCAGCUUGCCUCAGAGUCACCACCCAUUUCUCCUGCUUCCUCCUCUUCAAAGAAUAUUGCUGCCAAAGCCCAUACUCCUGUAGUCUUCAAACAGCCUUUAAAGCAAGGAAGCAGGUUAAUGGAGAAUUUCUUGAUCAGAGAAACUAGUGGUUCUACAUCAGAGUUGAUAAAUGAGAAUGGAAGCAAAGUCAACCCUCAAAAGGAGGUGAGCAGUUCUACAAAGACCAAAGAGACACCUUCUUUAGAAAGGACAGCUGCAUGUAUCGCAGGUGCUAAUGUUCCUGAGGCACCCUCUACAUCGACUUUGAAACAAGUUACUAAAGUGGAAUGUCCUGUGUGCGGGGUUGGUAUUCUAGAAGAUCACAUCAAUAAGCACUUGGACAGCUGUUUAUCCCGUGAAGAGAAGAAGGAGAGCCUCAGAAGUUCUGGUCACAAAAGGAAGCCGCUGCCCAAAACUGUAUAUAAUUUGCUAUCAGAUCGUGAUUUAAAGAAAAAGCUAAAACAGCAUGGAUUAUCUAUUCAAGGAAAUAAACAACAGCUCAUUAAAAGGCACCAAGAAUUUGUUCACAUGUAUAAUGCCCAGUGUGAUGCUUUGCAUCCUAAAUCAGCUGCUGAAAUAGUUCAAGAACUUGAAAAUAUGGAGAAGACUAGGAUGCGUCUUGAAGCUAGUAAACUCAGUGAAAGAAUAAUGGUUUUUACGAAGGACCAAACAGAAAAGGAAAUAGAUGAAAUCCACAGUAAAUACCGUAAAAAACAUCAGAAUGAAUUUCAGCUUCUGGUGGAUCAGGCCAAAAAAGGAUACAAGAAAACUGUUGAAAUGUCAGAAAAGGAUACAAGAAAACUGUUGAAAUGUCAAAAAGAAGAUGAAUCUACAAAAAUGCUGUUCCCUGUAUGCCUGGAACAGGAAGAUAAUAACAUGAAAUUACCAGAUAUACCCUCAGUAAUAAACCACUUCCCUCAGCCAAAGCAGGACUCCCCAGGGAUAUGCGAGCCCGAUGGACCUGAUGAUUCUUCCAGCUGUACUGAUAUUCAAGAAGACGCUCUUUCUUCAUCCGAAUCAGAUUCAUUCAAUAGUUCCAGUUCGGACAUCAUAAGAGAUAUUCUUGAAGAAGAGGAAGCCUGGGAAGCAUCACAUAAAAACGAUCUUCAAGACACAGAAACAAGUCCAACACAGAAUCGUCGGACAAGACCAGAAAGUGCUGAGAUGGAGCCGAGAAAUAAGAGGAAUAGGAACUAGUGUGGCUUUGGCAACUUUCCCAGGGCAGUGAUCCGAAUAUGGUA